AGUCGGCAACAUUCAUCUCUUGAGGGGGUGUCUAACUCGGUGUUAUGGUGAGUUUGACCCUAAAUUAAUUUUACGCCGGAAUAUCUCUUUAAGUAAUCGUGAUUUCUAGUAGUGUUGAAAGUCAAAUACAGAAUUUCUUUAUUGAAAAAUGAUCAGAUACAAUAUUAUUAACGCAGAGGAUCCAAUAAAAAGUGGACAUGCAGCGGUUUUUACUGAGCCAAAUUCACAUGUGAGUUUGCUUUUUGCCAAAAUGCCAACAGUUUAAACAGGAACGUCACUAUUUUUCUGGUCACAGGAUUGAAUAAACUUCUUUUUUCAGACAACAAAGAGAGUAGACGAACUGAGAGAGCAGGGCGUGAAACAUCUUGACGGUUAGAUAAUCUUUGCUGUCGUCUGUCCAGUUGCGUUGCCAGUUGUGUGUUUUGUAAUCUACACCGGAAGUAUAUUUAAUACACCACGCGAGAAACUGGGACACGGUAGCGGUGCUAUCUAGAGAACUUUGGACUUAGAAGACCCUUUGUGGACAUAUAAAGCAAUAUUUAAUGGUUUUUUUUUUGCCAAAACCCAUUCAACGCUUGUCCCCACUUGACUCCAUCCUGGUGACCAAUCGUUGCUAACCACGCCGCGACGUCAGGUUGCUGACAGUGUUUGGCUCUCGUGCUGUGGGAGUGUCAGAGGAGUGUGUUACUGACUGACCGUACAGAUAAGAUUACACUGUGGCAUGCUUAUAUCACAACACAGCAGCAUGCCUUAGGACCGUGUGCUGUCUGGAAACAGUCCGACUGAGCAGACGAGUUAUUGCGCUGAUCCGGGAGAAGAUUUCCCCUCUGAGUCCGAGGUAAGUGUCGAGUCAAGGUUACAAGACCACCGAAGUUUGUGUGUUUAACCCCAAAAAUAAGUGAUCCGUGGUAUUUCCUUACAUGGAGACAGUUGAGGCAGGUUUGUUUUGAGACCAGUAUGGAUGAAGCGUCGAUAUGAGGAAAUGUUGAGCUGAAUAACUUGAACUCUAGUCAACAUUGCAAAUGCUUUGCUGUUACAAAACGCGAAAACAAUCUUACACAAUCCUCAAACUCCUACUAGAGGAUUUUUUUUUUAAUUUUGUCAAUAAAUUAUAAAAUAAAAUAAAAAAAACCUUACGCAAUGUAUGAUAUUGUGCACCUAGUCCCUGAUGUUGCUCCCCAAAGGCUCUGUGUUUCAAUAGGGGAGAGUGGGGUAAGUUGAGCCACCCCCUGCUGCCUGGAAAUGGUAAAAGAAAUUGAUCAUGUGACCAAAUAUUUAGGAGAUGGGCAUCAAUUCAUGGAGUCUGUGAGGGUUAGAAGCACAUGGGUGAAGGGGUUAGACAUUUAUUUCCAAAUAAAAAAAUUUCACUCUUGAAAGUGAAUUUAGUCUGUCAUAGUUUUAUUAGAAUUGUGUUCAGACCAAAAAGGAUCAUUUUAAAUUUGUUUUAUACAUCAAUUGUAUCUAUGAGCUACAACAUGAGGUCAAAAACAUAAAAGUCCAUCAUUUUAGCUUAGAGGACUAAUAAAGUCAUCAUAGUAGUUCUGGGGUAAGUUGAGCCAGUGACUCAACUGAGAAAGUAAAGAAGUCUGAUGAGAGGAUCAGAGUUUCAGUUCAGAUUAUUGAAAUGUUUUACUGUUUCUUUUCAAAAAUACAGCUGUGAAUGUUCUGAAUCACUUUCUCAUGUUAAAAUGACUUUUUACAAAACAGCUUUUUAGCAGUUCUAUACAAUAAUAAUAAAAAUAAUAAUUAUUGUACCAGUUGAAUAGUGUAUAAUAGAUAAAAAUACACAUGAAUGUGAAGAAGCAGUGAAGAAGGGCUGGGGUGGAGAGUGGGGGGGUUGUAGGGAUACGGCUCAACUUACACCGCUCUUAUGGUCAAUGUACCCCAUGCAUGGGGUAAGUUGACCAUAGGAGACCACUUUUUUCGGCAUGCUAUAUUAUCAAGACAGUUAUGUUUACACUCAUUCUGUUGGUUUGCAGGGAUGAACAACAUCUUGAAAUAUAUGCAGAUUCACUAGUUAGAGACAAAACUAUGAUUGCUUUGAUGUAGUGAUCCUAAAUAUGAAAAAUGGCUUAUCUUACCCCACUCUCCCCAACCCAGUCCCAGCAUGAGCUGCUCUGAUGUGUUCUCAUCUUGUCACAGAAAAUGUGGCUGCCUAUGCUUGGAAUGACAGCCCUCCCACACCUGGGAGGGCUCUACGGUGGUUAUGUAACACGCAAAGAGGUGAAGACCUGGUACCCAACCCUGCAGAAACCAUCAUGGCGACCACCCAAUGCAGCAUUCCCUAUAGUGUGGACUUGCCUCUAUACAGGCAUGGGGUAAGUUUAAUACUGACCGGGUUCUGCUGCAUGUAGUUCGAAUGAAACCCUCCUAUCCAAAUAACCCUUCUGUGUUUGUCUUUGUUGUAGGUACGGUUCCUAUCUGGUUUGGAGAGAGUUAGGAGGUUUCACUGAGAAAGCAGUGGUUCCACUGGGACUUUAUGGGCUGCAGUUAGCCCUGAACUGGGCCUGGACUCCCAUCUUCUUUGGCAAACACAAGCUGAAACUGGUAUGUUUGACACAUUAAUUAAUUAUUUCUACAGUCGACAGUAGAGGGAGUUUACGAUGGAUAUAACAUGUUGCAGUGUUUUCUAAUAAAUAAACACACAUUUCUGUCUUAUUCAGGCUCUUAUUGAGAUUGUGUUCCUGACUGGGACUGUUGGAGCCACAAUGGCAUCCUGGCACCCAAUCAGCCGCACUGCCACACUGCUGAUGGCCCCCUACCUGGCAUGGCUGUGCCUCGCCACUUCCCUCAACUACUGCAUAUGGAGAGACAACCCUGAGGAAAAAGAAGAGUAAAAGGCUGCAGGAAAAGUUGUUGACCAUUAAUAUGAGUUUCUAUAUCCUACUGAUGUGCCAAAAGGCUAACCGUUAAAGAUCAAUUAAUUCCAUUAAGCAUUUGUUUGCGGUCUUCACUUGAGAGAGCAGCGCAUCAUACCUGGUUCAACGGGUUACUGUCUGCAAAGGAUAACUUUAAUGUCUAACUGUUAGCAACUUUGCUGAUUCAACUUUUUGGAUAAACAGUUAGCUCAAUUCAAGACGACCCGGCUCAAAAAUGCAUGCGCUCAUGGCUCUUACUAGCUGCUGAUAGCACAUACAGUUUCUACAUUAUUUGGAAGGAAUUAUUCUUAAAUUUAAUCAUGUGGUUGUAUUUUAGAAACAAACAUUUGUUUUCACUGAAAACUGCAUUUGUUGUCUUUUUAUACUGAGAUUGUCCUGAGUGCAUUUAUAAGAAAUGUUGUGUUGAAAUACUGCUAUGACCCAAUUAAAUAAAGAUUCCUAUCCGAUUCA